GAGUUACAUCCCUUCCUCCUUCUCAUUCCUCACUUCCUCCCAAUCCCAAACACAAUUGUGUAAAAUCAAACGCGAUUGAUCAAAUUAGGGUUUCGAAUUUUCGGUUCUGAAAUUGUAGAACAAAAAUGGGAGGUGGUGGAGCAGAUCACGGUAAUGGCGGAGCCAAUGGAGGAGAUUUCAGGUACAAGGUUUGGAGUAUGACUGGUGGCCCUCACUGUCGCCCUAAACACUGGAAACGCAACACCGCCAUCGCUAUGUUCGGUAUCGUCCUCGUUUGUAUUCCCAUCUUCAAACUCUCAGCUAAACUUGAGCAACGACCACAUCACCCGGUUCGUCCAAUCCCUUCCCAAAUGUGGUGCAAGAACUUUGGAACCAAAGACUACAAAGACUACGAAUAAUCUGGGAUUAUCAAUUACAUCAGUUGCGUGGGUGUUCAAAUAUUGUCAACUAAAAUUUCCUUGUUAUGAACAGCAUUGAAGAGUUGCUGUUGUCAAUGUUAUGUAAGACUUGGGUCUAGGAUAAUUGUAAUAGAACUUUUUUUUUUUUUUUGCUGCAUUGAGUUUCAUUUGAAAACUGAAGAAAUUUUAAAUAAGCUGCUCAUGCCUGGAUUCUUUGGAGAGCUUGUUCAAAUUGGCAUUACUGGUUACUAUAUAGUAAUUGAUGCUUUAUCGAUUUUGUUCAUAUAAUAACUUUUGGUUUA